GAGCCAACCCUCGGCUAGGGCCGGAAUCCGCGAAGUUAGACCCACGCGGGUGGGCUUCGGUGUGUCGGGGCCCUCAUCGGGCCCCAGUACAAUGGCGGUGUUUCACGACGAGGUGGAAAUCGAGGACUUCCAAUACGACGAGGACCUGGAGACGUAUUUCUACCCCUGCCCUUGUGGCGAUAACUUCUGCAUCACCAAGGAGGACUUGGAGAAUGGGGAAGACGUGGCAACGUGUCCCAGCUGCUCUCUCAUUAUAAAAGUGAUUUAUGACAAAGAGCAGUUUAUGUGUGGAGAAACUGUCCCAGCUCCUUCCACCAACAAAGAAUUAGUUAAGUGCUAAAAACGAUUUUCAGAAUCCAAAUCCUGAACAUUUGGGAAUGAGCCAAGCUGGGAAAAUCAAAGACAAAGUUACUGGCUUCCUCGUGGGGACAACAAUUUGUAGUUUGCUGCUCUGAGUUCUUUCCAUUGGCUCAGAAUUCACCUCCAAUUAAAGAAGCAAGUCCAUGACAUGACAUACCUGCGUUUUGUGCUUAGAACUUUGAAUUGGAAAAAGUGUUCUUAAUUUUCCACAUGAAUUUAAAGGAAGAUAAUUUCAAGUCAGUGCUUGCUUUCCCUCAGUUUUGUUAUUUUUAUAUCUUAUACCUAAUUUAUUAUUUGUUAACAGCAUUAUCUACCUCAAAGUCAUUAGGAUUCCUUAAUUUAAAAAAUAUUUUUUUAAUUGGCUAUUAAAAUUAUUAAAAUUAGCCGUCAGCUUUGCUAUUCUAAACUUAAGAAAAUUAAUUUACCUGCCAGUACUCCACUGUCAGUUUCUACUCCCAGCCAGUCUUCUCAGUCUGGCCAUUAGAAUAUUCCUGUUCUGUUAAGUAUGUCUUUUUCUAUCACACUUCGUGCUUUGAGUUCUGGUCAUGGAAUUAGAGAGAAAAUAUACUGUGCUCACAUUUUUUUCCAGAGCUAAAAGUGAGAAAGAAAGAAAAGUCAAAAAGUGAAAUGGUCAGAGGGUAUGGAGUUCCCUUAUCAAUAUUCUCCAUGUUCCUUGAAAAUUGGGACAAGACAAAAAGAAAAACAGCCCAAGGAGGUGAAAUUGGCAACAGAAUGACAGGAGAAAGCCAUGCCAGCUCAGUAAAUUAAAUGCUUGAAUGUUGUUUCCAGGUCAGAGCAAAUAUUUCUGUAUCAGGGUUCUUGUUUGUCUGUAACUUUAGACAUGGCUAAUGAAACUGCAUUCUAGAUAGGGGUUAAUGUCAGAUGUUCAUAGCUGGAGGGCUUUAUAACUCUUGUGUUUGCUGAGGAAGAACUUGAAAAUGAGGUGCCUGUUCUAAAUAAAUAUGCCCCCAAGA